AUGACUAGCAUUGAGGCUCGAAAGCUUGCAGUCUUGGCCACACUCAUGGCCUCAGAUAUCCCUCCCCCUCCCGAUCCCCUUCCUUAUGGGUGGCCCAUUAAUUCGACUCACGUAACUCGCCUUAUCACUGACCCGGAAUAUGCAUCGCGAAAAGUUAACAAAAAAAUGGAAUUGGCUAUUCUGGAAAUACUUUGGGGGGACUACAUGCAAAGCCAACAGGCAGCGGCUUCGCGAUCGAUGUUUGAUGAAGCUCAAGGCAUGGGCGAGAAGGUGGCUGAACAGCGUGACCAACAGAGUGAUGAUGAGAAGCUAUUAUUGCAAAUAGACUGGUCACCUGAGAAUCGGAGAAUGCCUACUCAACCACUCACAGAGGAACAAAAGAAACUUAGCAAGAUUCCAAUGACAGGCUGGAGUGCAAUGGAACGGGAUGUGGCCAUGAUACUCUUUCACAACGAUCUUCUCGAGUAUGACUCCGACGUUACUGAAGAAGAAGCCCAGCACGGGAAAAGAAACCGGCCAAUUGAUCUAUCGAAAAAUGAGUCCAAAUUCACGCCCCCUACAAGACAGUAG